AUAGGUACAUUUUAAACAACAUGUGUAGCAGUUAUGGUAGCAGCAAAUGUCAUGCUUUCCGGUUCAAACGUUUGUGAUUGUUGAACAGAAUUGUAUAUAUCUUCACAUAAAUAAUACAUUAUGCCUAAAAAUAUACCCCCACAAAGACAAGAUGAGACUACCCAAGAGGAUUCAACAUCUAAACGGAAAAAUAUAGACACGACGUAUCAGUGCCCGGCGGACUUCGUGUCAUUCUCCCAUAAACCAUGUUCCAGCACCUUGAUAGACAGUGUCAGUGACAAAAACACAGAGCUCUGGCUAAUCAAAGCCCCCAACAGCUUCAAACCUAACGGUUUUGACAGUUUGCAGGUCUCUCUCUCGGGUCUGCAGACCCUGCAGAGUGGGAGUGGCCAGAUCUACAGCAUUCUGGCCACUCCCCCUGGUGCCAACGAGCUCCGCCUCCUCACAAGCCACUCCCGCCUCCCCGAGAAGGCAGUGUGUGGACCCGCCUUCAGCGGCUUCCUAAACGUGUGUGAGAACUACGGCGAUGUGAGCACCAACCAGGCCCCCAAGGCCAUCCCUGCCACCCCAGCCCCCUCCAUCCCCCCCGGGCUACGACAGCGCUUCCAGCCCUUCGGCAGCAAGACCCCCACCCUCUCCGGGGUGGAACCAGAGAGUUCUCCGGUCCCUUCAGCGUCCUCCUCCAACCCCGGCCCCUACCUCCCCCGACAGCUGGUCAGACAAGAGGAGGAGGAGGAAGAGACCAGGAAGAAGAGGAAGAGAGAGAAGAGGAGCCUGGCGAUGGAGGGAGGGGGGGAAGAGGAGGAGCGAGCGCUGAUAAGUGUGAAGACGGAGCCUGUGGCUCCAGAGGGCCUGGAAGAGACUGAUCCGAGGGAGGAGAAGAGGAAGAAGAAGAAGAAAAAGAGGGAUAAGGACAGAGGAGCGGGGGACGAGGAGUCAGAGGGUUUGCAGGGGUUAGGCAUCACUGUCAAAGAGGAAGUUGAUGUGAAAGAUGAAAGGCUCGACUCCGCCUAUGGUGAUGUAGAGGAUUCUGGGAAAAAGAGGAAAAAGAAGAAGAAAAACAGACAGGAGGAUGACUAGCUUGUAAACUGUUUAUAUGAUGAAGUUAGUUCCUAACCCAAUCCUUUUUAACAUGCCGAACCUUACUGUUGGCUGUCCGACCAGCAAAAACCUUGUUGAAGAGAGCAUAAGAGGUUGUCUGAUAAACGUGGAUAAUAAAUCUAAUGUAAUUUACAGAU